GUUUUGUUUUCCAGGCAUUUCUGAAAUGGGUUAUUCUUCAUCAUUUUGCUUGUUGAAACGCCAUUUGAUCAUCAGCUUUAUUUUCAGCAUAUCCAUCACCCUAAUCUCACAUGUCAAUGGAUGCUUUACAUCAAUCUUCAGCUUUGGUGAUUCCUUAGCUGAUACAGGCAACUUGCUUCAACUUUCACUUUCAGAAUCCAGAAAACUUUCCCACUUUGAUUUCCUCCCUUAUGGACGAACCUUUUUCAAUAACCCGACUGGGAGAUGCUCCGAUGGCCGCCUAGUUAUAGAUUUCAUUGCUGAAGAGUUUGGACUUCCAUUUUUACCGCCGUAUUUUGAAGGCAAAAAUGGAAGGGGAAAACACUUUCAGAAAGGUGUGAAUUUUGCUGUUGUGGGUGCCACAGCUCUUGAUGACGCGUUCUUCAAAGAAAGAGGAAUCCGUAAUCCCUUUACGAAUAUAUCUCUGGGUGAUGAAUUGGGAUUUUUCAAAGAUGUUUUGCAUUCUCUUUGCUCAUCUUCUUCAGAUUGUAAAGAACUCCUUCAGAACUCGUUGAUUGUGAUGGGAGAGAUUGGAGGAAAUGACUACAACCAUGCAUUCCUUCAGGGGAUAAAUCCCAAGGAGAUGUCACACUUUGUUCCUCUUGUUGUUCAUACAAUUGCUGAAGCAAUCACUGAGUUGAUAGAGUUAGGGGCAGUCACAAUGUUGGUCCCGGGAAACCUUCCAAUCGGAUGCUCACCGGCAUAUCUCACCUAUUUUCAAGGUUCCGAUAUAGCCGAUUACGAUCCCCACACUGGUUGUAUAACAUGGCUGAACCAGUUCUCCCAACUCCACAAUGAAUUGCUUCAGAAACAACUCAAUCGAAUCCGCGAGCUUCAUCCACAUGUUAACAUCGUUUACGCAGACUAUUACAACACUGUAAUGCGUUUUUACUAUUCCCAGAACCAAUUUGGGUUUACUGAAACACUAAAAGCUUGUUGCGGAGGAGGAGGUCGAUACAAUUACAGUUCAUCAAUGGCGUGCGGGGAUCCGCCAUUAACAACCUGCUGCGAUGACCCUUCUUUACAUGUUAAUUGGGAUGGUUUACAUUAUACUGAGGCAACUUACAAAUGGAUCUCAAAGGUUGUUUUACAAGAAUUGUAUGCCAUUCCCUUUAUAAAUACCUUUUGAUCUCCAUUUACCGUCAACAAGCAAGUUUAUUGAAAAUAUAUGUGAUGUG